ACCGCACAGAAUUUCCAAAACUUGUCCAAGCUAAGUCAAUUAAUCUGUGAGUCAGUGGUCAGUGUUGGUCAGUGUCGGCCUGUGUUGGCCCCAUUAUUUAUACUGAUUUUUUUAACAAAUUAGAAUAGUAAAGAUUGAAGAGAUAGAAAUUGGAAAUGAUUGAAUCUUGUACGAAAAAUCGAAUGCUGUUAGGUAUUACAUUUUUAGGAGGAUUAACGGUUUUAGCGUUAAUUAUUGAGAGCCACUGGACAAGCAGUUCAAAUAAACUUUACAUUGACAAUUUUGAAAAUAAUUCCUCUUGUAUCUCGAGUGAUGAAUAUGAAGUGAUAUCCGAAUGUCAUCCGUGCACAGCUUUUGAAAUUGCUAGCGAAAGUAUCGGCGUUUGUAUCCACGCAAGAUAUAAGGAAGUGCUAAAGUGUAAAAGUGGAGAAACAAUAACAAGAAGUUGUGAUAAAGUAGCUUGGCUGGAGGAAAGAGCAUUUUGGAAGUUUGAAGGUUUUAUGUUUGCAUCAGCGAUUAUUUCUUGUCUUAAUACAUAUUGGAGAGAGAGUAUAUUAAGACAGAGGAUGAUCAGGAAAGUAGCAAAACAGUUACGAAUUAGCGUGUGAAUAAGAAUUUUUGUAUAUUUUAUAUUUUUGUGUUGUACUUGUAUGUUUGAAGAAGAGAAAUGAAUGAGGUAUAUUUAGCAAUAUAUUCUACAACUGACUUAUGUCUUGCACCGAUAGAAACAAUAAUAACUCUAUUUACCAUAAAGUAUUGC